UGGCCUAAAUGAUCCGGAGUCUCCUAUUACGGCGUGCCGCAUAAAUAUAUCUUCGUUCUGGCCCGUAAAGUUCCAGAAUUAAUGCUUUUAGUUCCAUGCGCUUUGUCGAGCCGUCACGCGCAUAAGCAGCUAUUUUGUUAUCCGCAAGCGCCGGGAUUUCCAGCGAACGUUCGUGUCCUCGCCGAUCGCUAUCUGCAGACGGCAAGGAUCCACUUCCCGCUGGUGACGUACGCUCCCGUAAUCUCCACCGAGAAGGCAUACCAUGAGCAGUUCAGCGUCGCCGACAACACCAACGCUUGUUUCGAGGCGGCAAACCAAAUGGUGAAGUGCGAUCCGCACCACGGCAAGUACAUGGCCUGCUGUAUGCUGUACCGCGGCGACGUGGUGCCCAAGGAUGUCAAUGCUGCGAUUGCAGACAUCAAGAACAAACGCACCAUCCAGUUUGUGGACUCGUGUCCCACACGUUUCAAGGUCGGCAUCAACUACCAGCCGCCCACCGUGGUGCCCGGCGGAGACCAGGCCAAGGUUCCGCGUGCCGUAUGCAUGUUGUCCAACACGACAGCCAUCGCAGAGGCCUGGGGCCGAGUGGACCACAAGUUCGACCUCAUGUACGCCAAGCGCGCCUUCGUCUACUGGUACGUGGGCGAAGGCAUGGAAGAGGGCGAGUUCUCCAAGGCCCGUGAGGACAUGGCCGCCCACGAGAAGAACUACGAGGAGACUGGCAUGAACUAGAACGAGGAAGUAGACGAGCACGAGGAGUACUAGGCCGAGCACUACGUUCCCUCGGCUAGAACCAUGGACUUCACUCUAACUUACCGGUUGUGAUCAAAAUAUUGUAAUAAAAGUUGAUUGCUCCACUCCAUCUUCAGUUCUUCGAACGUUCGGUUCCAAACCCUAACCUUACUCUGCUUCUCAGAAAGGAGAUCCAAACACGCUCUCGCGCUCUCCCUCGAAGCCCUUCCUUUAAACGCACCGUAAGUGCCGAGCUGUAAACAUCUGACACAUUUUUGCUUCAUAUUAAUUUUCCAUGUCCUUU